UAUUAUUCAAAAAAGUACGAUCUAACUCAUGAAGAAAACUACAGAAACCAUUAAUAAUCAAUCCGAAGCCCUCUGAAAAACUCCAAAAACGAGAGCCGAACCUCAAAUUCAUCAAAACAAUGGCAGAAACCAACGGCUCGUUAGUUUUACAACAAAAAAUCCACCAUCCGAAUCCGGCUCUUCAAUCUCUUCUCCAUUCUCUCGACCCAAUUUCUCUUCUCCUUUCGCAGAACUCAAAAGAACAACCCGUACAAUUCAGACUCACAACAGAGAGCUUUAUCAUGCAGAGAGGUCCACGCUACAGAGCCUACGCUGAGCUCAGAGAAUCAAAGCUCCGAAUGAAGAACUCCGGACCCCACGAACAAGAAGAAGAAGAAUUGAAGCUGACUUUGACGCCGCCAUUGAAGAAACAGGUCAAGUUUCAGAGCAACUUGGAGAUCAAACGGAAACCGUCUUCUACUUCCUUGUAUUCGUCGUCUGUUGUGGCUCAGUCGGUGCCUGACUUCUCUUCUGUUCUGAGGAAAGAGAAUCGGAAGCCGCCGACGACGAUGACGACUCCGCCGGCGAAGAGCUUGUCGAAAUCGAAGUCUCUGUCGAAUUCGAGAGGGAGUAAGUCUGCGAAUGCGGGGGAAAAUAAGAGGAGUUUGGUGAUGGCCAGGAAGAGCUACGCAAGUCUUGAGGAGUUGAAGGGCUUUUCUUUGGCGGCGGCCAAUGCCAUUAAUGGUGGUGACAACAAGAGAGGAGGAGGGAGAAGAGUCUUGGGUUAUAGAGCGAUUUGAGUGUUUUUUUUUUUUUUUUUUUAUUUGUUUUC